AUGGCUGCACAGACACUCCCUUCGGAUGACAUUUUCCAGAGAACACUGAGAGAUGUUGACCAGGAACUUAGAGGUCAGCUGAUACGACGAGCACAAAAUGAAGCAAGGGAGAGGGCCACUCUUCUCAACCUGAAAAGAAGAUAUAAUGAUGGACAGGGAGUUGCGAUAAGGCUGUCCAAGCAAGUGAAUGCCUGUAACAGGAAACUGAAGAAGAUUGUUACAGAGUACAAUAAUCUGCAGUGGCCUCCACAAACUGGCAUCUUUCCAUCACAUUUAGAAUUUCGAGAAUUGUGUGAUGCCUCCUCCCAGCUGUACACAUUGUUUGAUGAACAAAUUGAAGAUCAUGGUGUUGUUCCAAAGAACCUAAAAAGUCGAGCAAUAGAAGCCCUGCAUUUGAAGACUAGAGCAGCUGAAGAAAAGCUUCUACUUAAGAGAGAGAUGAACACUGUCAUUCUUCACCUUCAUCAACAACAUGGACAUUUACGUUCAGCUAUAAAUGAUACUGCAGGUCCUGGUUCAAAAGCUGUACUUCAUCAAAACAUUAUCAUGUUAGAAAAGAAAAUGUACAGUGCAAUGAACAUGUUCAAGAGGUUUAUCGAAGUUGGUGCCCCUCCUCCAAAUCAUCACCUACCAGAGUUUAACUCUUAUUCUCAAGCACUUAUGUCUCCAGAUCUACAUUACAUAGACUAUGAUGAAAGCAUUGACGAUGGAGAGGAUGAAGAGGAUGAUGACGACAAUGUUGACGAAGGAGAGAACAGCAUAGAUUGUGAAUCAUCUUCAUGAUUUAUGGCCACUUACUGUCCUAUGUGAAGAGCACAUAUUCCAGUAUAAAAAGUUCAUUGUUU